AAAAUAAUAAAAGUUCAUGGAAAUUUCUCGUGCCUUUCUUUUAAUUAUUAUUAUUAUUAUUAUUAUUAUAAAGAAGAACCAUGCAUGGAUUAUUUACGAUUUCAAGCACUUUCUUUCAAACCCAUCAAAAGCAAACUGAUUAAGAUUCAAACAGAAAUGAGGUUUUUAAGAUUUAUAUUUUCCUAUGUAUACAUUAUUCUUGUACAUCUAGCUAUUCUUACCAUGCAGCAAAAUUUCAGGCUGCGUCGGUCCUGUUCUAACAUAGGAAACUACACAGCUAAUAGCACCUACCAAAGGAACCUCAACGACCUGCUAUCUUCCCUUGCAUCUAACACUGCAAUUGACUAUGGCUUUUACAAUCUCUCUUGGGGUCAAAUUCCUGAUCAAGUGAAUGCAAUUGCACUUUGUAGGGGCGAUGUUCCGUCACGCACUUGUAGAGAGUGCGUUAGUAACUCUACCCGUGAUAUCUUGCGGACUUGUCCCAUUCAGAAGGAGGCAAUUGAAAUUUAUGAUUACUGUAUGCUGAGAUUCUCUAACAAAUCCAUAUUCGGAGUCGUGGAAGGAAACCCAACUUUCUAUAUGCGGAAUAGGAACACUGUAAUCGAUGUAAAUCCUUACAACCAAGCAUUGGAUACGUUGUUUGCGACACUUAGAAGCAGAGCUACGUCAGGAAACUCUACCCUAAAAUUUGCAACAGGAAACAUAGCUGCGGGUAUUCGUACAAUACACGCACUUGUGCAAUGCACUCCGGAUCUGUCUAAGCAGCAGUGCAAUGAUUGCUUGGUGAAUGCUAUCGGGGAGAUUCCAAAUGCUAGUGCUGACAGGGAAGGCGGGAGAGUACUGAAACCAAGCUGCAAUGUCAGGUAUGAGACCUAUCGUUUUGUUAAUGCUGAACUUGAUGCACCAGUGUCGUCGCCACAACCACCGCCAUUAUCUCCAUCACCGUCGACGCCAGUAGCUCCGCCUCCGCCUCGGUCUCCAUCAACAGGAGGGAAGAAGAGCAACGAAGCACGAAUUAUCAUUAUAAUUGUCGUUCCAAUUGUGAGCAUUCUAAUACUUGUCAUCUGCGUCUGCAUCUUUCUAAGAGCGAGGAAGCCAAUGAAAGAAAUUGAAAGUGUGGAUGAAAUACAAAGUGAGCUGGAGUCUUUGCAAUUCGACUUCGGCACUGUUAGGGCUGCGACAAAUAACUUUUCGGAGGAAAAUAAGCUUGGUCAAGGUGGAUUUGGGGUUGUUUACAAGGGUACACUUUAUAACAGACAAGAUAUAGCUGUCAAAAGACUUUCUAAGGAUUCAGGACAAGGGGAUCUAGAAUUUAAAAAUGAAGUCUUGUUGGUGGCCAAGCUUCAACACCGGAAUUUAGUUAGGCUUCUUGGUUUCUGCUUGGAAGGAAAUGAAAGGCUUCUCAUCUAUGAGUUUGUGCCCAAUGCUAGCCUUGAUCAUUUCAUAUUUGAUCCAAUCAAGAGAGCAAAUCUCGAUUGGGACAAGCGUUACAACAUUAUUGGUGGCAUUGCUAGAGGACUUCUUUAUCUCCACGAAGAUUCUCGGCUACGAAUCAUACAUCGUGAUUUAAAAGCUAGCAAUAUUUUAUUGGAUGCAGAUAUGAAUCCAAAAAUUUCAGAUUUUGGCAUGGCUAGACUAGUUGUAAUGGACCAGACUCAGGGGAACACAAACAGAAUUGUAGGAACCUACGGGUAUAUGGCUCCAGAAUACGUAAUGCACGGACAAUUCUCAGUUAAAUCAGACGUAUUUAGUUUUGGUGUGCUGCUUUUAGAAAUUGUAAAUGGUAAGAAAAAUAGUGACUUCCAAAAUGGGGAGAAUAUGGAACAUCUACUAAGCUAUGGAUGGAGAAAUUGGAGGGAAGGCACAUACGAAAAUCUUAUAGACCCCACUCUGAGAAAUGGUUCAAGAAAUGAAAUGAUGAGAUGCAUUCACAUUGGAUUACUUUGCGUUCAAGAAAAUGUAGCUGAUAGGCCUACAAUGGCAUCAAUAGUUCUCAUGCUAAAUAGCUACUCUGUUUCUUUACCAGUACCAUCACAACCAGCAUUUUAUAUGCACAGUGCCACUGAAUCUGAUAUCUCAUCUGCAUUGCAUUAUAGUUCAACAGUGACUAACUCCUCCCACUCCUACACCGAAACUCUUCCAUUCUCAAUAAACGAGGCUUCCAUUACUGAGUUAUAUCCUCGAUGAAGGCUGAGGAUGAUUAAUGGAAAUACUCUGAGGUCAUCAGAUGUUCGGCCGCCAAUUGUUCGUGCAUUUGGCCAAGCCAUUAGACUAUAUAAUGAGGUCCCUUCAUCCUUUUUCUCUUUUUCUUUUAAAUGACAAAACUUUGUCGCCAAUCGUUUUUUGUAUUUCGCCAAGUCAUUAGAACAUAUUCUAAUGCUCUUUCAUCAUUCUUUUGGGGUUAAAGACUGUAAAUUACAUGAUUAAAAAAAGCGGGUUAUAACCUAA